CCGGGAGCUGUAGUAGCCGCCGCCGCCGCCGCCGCCGCCGCCGCCGCCGCCGCCGCCGCGGGGCGAGGUCGCCGCCAUGGCCCGCUGGAUCCCGACCAAGAGGCAGAAGUACGGGGUCGCGAUCUACAACUACAAUGCCUCUCAAGAUGUGGAGCUCUCCUUGCAGAUUGGAGAUACGGUUCACAUCCUGGAGAUGUAUGAGGGUUGGUACAGAGGAUAUACCCUCCAGAACAAAUCUAAAAAGGGUAUUUUCCCUGAAACGUAUAUCCAUUUGAAGGAGGCAACCGUGGAGGACCGAGGGCAAAAUGAGACUGUGAUUCCUGGUGAACUUCCACUGGUGCAGGAGCUCACGUCGACACUGCGAGAAUGGGCCGUCAUCUGGCGCAAACUCUAUGUGAGCAAUAAGGUCACACUCUUCCGCCAGCUGCAGCAGAUGACGUACAGCCUGAUUGAGUGGCGGUCCCAGAUCCUGUCUGGAACACUCCCCAAGGACGAACUGGCAGAGCUCAAGAAAAAGGUCACAGCCAAAAUCGAUCAUGGCAACAGAAUGCUUGGGUUGGAUCUGGUAGUAAGAGAUGACAAUGGAAACAUCCUGGACCCAGAUGAGACCAGCACCAUUGCCCUCUUCAAGGCCCAUGAAAUGGCCUCGAAAAGGAUUGAGGAGAAGAUCCAAGAAGAAAAGUCAGUUCUUCAGAACCUAGACUUGCGAGGCCAGUCUGUCUUCAGUGCUGUCCACACUUAUGGCCUCUAUGUGAACUUCAAGAACUUUGUCUGCAACAUUGGGGAAGACGCUGAGUUGUUCAUGGCCCUCUAUGACCCGGACCAGUCCACCUUCAUCAGUGAGAAUUACCUAAUUCGUUGGGGCAGUAAUGGGAUGCCCAAGGAAAUAGAGAAGCUUAAUAACCUUCAAGCAGUUUUUACUGAUCUCAGUAGCACAGACCUCAUCCGACCCCGCAUCAGCCUCGUGUGCCAGAUUGUCCGAGUGGGCCACAUGGAGCUGAAGGAGGGCAAAAAGCACACCUGUGGGCUCCGAAGACCUUUUGGAGUAGCAGUGAUGGAUAUUACUGAUAUCAUACAUGGGAAGGUGGAUGAUGAAGAAAAGCAGCAUUUUAUUCCCUUUCAGCAAAUUGCAAUGGAAACCUAUAUCCGACAGAGACAGCUAAUCAUGUCACCCCUGAUAACAUCCCAUGUGAUUGGGGAGAAUGAGCCACUCACUUCAGUCUUGAAUAAAGUGAUAGCAGCGAAGGAAGUGAAUCACAAAGGACAAGGACUUUGGAUAUCUUUGAAGCUUUUGCCAGGUGACCUCACGCAGGUUCAGAAGAAUUUUUCACACUUGGUGGAUAGAUCAACUGCAAUCGCCCGAAAAAUGGGCUUUCCUGAAAUAAUACUUCCAGGUGAUGUUCGGAAUGAUAUUUAUGUCACCUUGAUCCAUGGAGAGUUUGACAAAGGAAAAAAGAAGACACCAAAAAACGUGGAAGUGACCAUGUCUGUGUAUGAUGAGGAGGGCAAGCUCUUGGAGAAAGCAAUUCAUCCUGGUGCUGGAUAUGAAGGUAUUUCAGAGUACAAAUCAGUAGUCUAUUACCAAGUCAAGCAGCCCUGUUGGUAUGAAACUGUCAAGGUAUCCAUUCCUAUAGAAGAAGUUACUCGCUGCCAUAUAAGAUUUACCUUCCGACAUAGGUCAUCUCAGGAAUCCAGAGAUAAAUCGGAGCGAGCCUUUGGAGUGGCCUUCGUGAAACUGAUGAACCCGGAUGGCACCACUCUGCAGGAUGGGAGGCAUGACCUGGUGGUUUAUAAGGGUGACAACAAGAAAAUGGAAGAUGCUAAAUUCUAUCUGACCCUGCCUGGAUCCAAGGUAGAGAUGGAAGAAAAAGAACUCCAAGCGUCCAAAACCCUGGCCAACUUUACCCCAGCCAAGGAUAGCACAAAAGACAGCUUUCAGAUUGCCACCCUCAUUUGCUCCACAAAACUCACCCAGAACGUUGACCUGUUGGGCUUAUUAAAUUGGCGUUCAAACUCCCAGAACAUUAAACACAACUUAAAGAAGUUAAUGGAAGUGGAUGGAGGCGAGAUUGUUAAGUUUUUGCAAGAUACACUAGAUGCACUUUUUAACAUAAUGAUGGAAAUGUCAGACAAUGAAACCUAUGACUUCCUUGUGUUUGAUGCACUGGUAUUUAUCAUCUCACUGAUAGGAGACAUCAAGUUCCAGCAUUUUAAUCCUGUCCUUGAAACCUAUAUUUACAAGCACUUCAGCGCCACUCUGGCAUAUGUGAAACUCUCCAAGGUACUGAACUUCUAUGUGGCUAAUGCAGAUGACUCCAGCAAGACAGAAUUGCUUUUUGCUGCUUUGAAAGCCCUAAAGUACUUGUUUAGAUUCAUCAUCCAAUCUAGAGUACUUUACUUAAGAUUUUAUGGCCAAAGCGAAGAUGGAGAUGAAUUUAAUAAUUCAAUCCGCCAGUUAUUUCUUGCUUUCAAUACGCUAAUGGACAGGCCCCUGGAGGAAGCUGUCAAGAUCAAGGGGGCAGCUCUGAAGUACCUUCCCAGCAUAAUUAAUGAUGUCAAACUUGUGUUUGAUCCCGUUGAGCUCAGCGUGCUCUUCUGCAAGUUCAUUCAAAGCAUCCCUGACAACCAGUUAGUUCGCCAGAAACUUAACUGCAUGACCAAGAUAGUGGAGAGCAAUCUUUUCCGGCAGUCAGAGUGCAGAGAUGUGCUGCUGCCGCUGCUGAUAGACCAGCUCAGUGGCCAGUUAGAUGACAACUCCAGCAAGCCCGACCAUGAAGCCAGCUCGCAGCUUCUGAGCAACAUCCUGGAAGUGCUGGACAGGAAGGAUGUGGGCCCCACGGCGACCCAUAUCCAGCAGAUAAUGGAACGACUGCUGAGAAGGAUCAAUCGGACUGUGAUUGGGAUGAGCCGACAGUCUCCCCAUAUCGGGAGUUUUGUUGCUUGUAUGAUCACGAUCCUGCGGCAAAUGGACGACAGCCACUAUAACCACUAUAUCAGCACUUUCAAAACCAGACAAGACAUCAUUGACUUCCUCAUGGAAACUUUCAUCAUGUUUAAGGAUCUGAUUGGAAAGAAUGUGUAUGCCAAAGACUGGAUGGUCAUGAAUAUGACACAGAGCAGGGUUUUCCUCCGUGCGAUAAAUCAGUUUACUGAGGUUCUCACAAGGUUCUUCAUGGAUCAGACAAGCUUUGAACUUCAGCUCUGGAACAAUUAUUUCCAUUUGGCAGUAGCCUUUCUCACCCAUGAAUCCCUUCAGCUUGAAACCUUCUCUCAAGCCAAGCGCAGCAAAAUUGUCAAAAAAUAUGGGGACAUGAGAAAGGAAAUCGGUUUCAGAAUCCGUGACAUGUGGUAUAACCUGGGUCCCCACAAAAUCAAAUUUAUCCCCUCCAUGGUGGGUCCCAUUCUGGAGGUCACACUGACCCCUGAAGUCGAGCUCCGGAAAGCCACUAUCCCCAUUUUCUUUGACAUGAUGCAGUGUGAGUUCAACUUUAGCGGAAACGGCAAUUUCCAUAUGUUUGAGAAUGAGUUGAUCACAAAGCUGGACCAAGAGGUAGAAGGGGGCAGAGGAGAUGAACAAUACAAGAUCCUUCUGGAAAAACUGCUCCUAGAACAUUGCCGGAAACAUAAAUACCUCUCCAGCUCUGGAGAAGUGUUUGCAUUCCUGGUCAGCAGCCUGUUAGAGCACCUCCUGGACUACAGAACCAUUAUCAUGCAUGAUGAAAGCAAGGAGAACCGCAUGAGCUGUACUGUGAAUGUGCUGAAUUUUUAUAAGGAAAAGAAGAGAGAAGACAUAUACAUAAGGUACUUGUACAAGCUGCGGGAUUUGCACCGAGACUCUGAAAACUACACAGAGGCCGCCUACACCCUCCUCCUACAUGCAGAGCUUCUGCAGUGGUCUGAUAAACCCUGCGUACCCCAUUUGCUUCAGAGGGACAGUUACUAUGUCUAUACCCAGCAAGAGCUUAAAGAGAAGCUGUAUCAAGAAAUCAUAUCAUACUUUGACAAAGGCAAAAUGUGGGAGAAGGCCAUCAAGCUGAGCAAAGAGUUGGCUGAGACAUAUGAGAGCAAAGUAUUUGACUACGAGGGCCUUGGCAACCUUCUGAAAAAAAGAGCCUCAUUUUAUGAGAACAUCAUUAAAGCAAUGAGGCCUCAACCUGAAUACUUUGCUGUUGGAUACUACGGACAGGGCUUUCCUUCUUUCCUCCGGAACAAAAUCUUCAUCUACCGGGGGAAGGAGUAUGAGAGGCGAGAAGACUUCAGCCUGAGGCUGCUGACCCAGUUCCCCAAUGCCGAGAAGAUGACCAGCACCACGCCCCCGGGAGAGGAAAUCAAAUCGUCCCCAAAGCAGUACAUGCAGUGUUUCACCGUAAAGCCAGUGAUGAGCCUGCCGCCCAGCUACAAGGACAAACCAGUUCCAGAGCAGAUCUUAAACUACUACAGAGCCAAUGAAGUGCAGCAAUUCAGAUAUUCCAGGCCUUUCCGGAAAGGAGAAAAGGAUCCAGACAAUGAAUUUGCUACCAUGUGGAUUGAAAGGACCACAUAUACAACUGCGUAUACCUUUCCUGGGAUUCUCAAGUGGUUUGAAGUCAAACAAAUUUCAACGGAGGAAAUCAGUCCCCUGGAGAAUGCCAUAGAAACCAUGGAACUCACCAAUGAGAAGAUCAGCAACUGUGUGCAGCAGCAUGCCUGGGACCGAGCCCUCUCUGUGCAUCCUCUCUCCAUGCUUCUCAGUGGCAUCGUAGACCCGGCUGUCAUGGGGGGCUACUCCAACUACGAAAAGGCUUUUUUUACAGAAAAGUACUUGCAGGAGCACCCCGAAGACCAGGAGAAGAUUGAGCUGCUGAAGCGUCUGAUAGCAUUACAGAUGCCUCUGCUGACGGAGGGGAUCCGCAUCCAUGGGGAGAAGCUGACAGAGCAGCUAAAGCCACUACAUGACCGGUUGUCAUCUUGUUUCCGAGAGCUCAAGGAGAAAGUGGAAAAGCUCUACGGUGUUAUAACACUGCCACCCAGCUUGACUGAGAGGAAGCAAAGCCGCACAGGGUCCAUCGUACUACCCUACAUCAUGUCAUCUACACUGCGGAGAUUGUCCAUCACUUCAGUGACAUCCUCUGUGAUUUCCACCUCUUCUAACUCAUCCGAUAACGCUCCUUCCAGACCAGGAUCUGAUGGGUCAAUCCUCGAGCCACUUCUGGAACGCAGGGCUUCGUCAGGUGCUAGAGUUGAAGACUUGCCCCUCAAAGAGGACAGUGAGAACCGGAUCAGCAAGUUCAAGAGAAAAGACUGGAGCGUGAGCAAAUCCCAAGUCAUUGCAGAAAAAGUGCCAGAACCUGAUCUGAUGAGCCCAGCCAGAAAAGCACAAAGACCAAAGAGUCUCCAGUUGUCGGACAAUCGGCUGACGCCAUUUCAUGGUUCUUCACCUCCUCAGUCGACACCCUUGAGCCCACCUCCACUCACUCCUAAAGCUACCAGGACCUUAAGCUCCCCAUCUUUGCAGACAGAUGGGCUGAUGACUACUACUGUCCCGCCUCCCCCUCCCCCCAAAAGCAAGCCUUAUGAGAGCAGCCAGAGGAACUCCACAGAGAUUGCUCCUCCGCUGCCAAUCCGAAGAGAAGCCAAAGCCCCACCCCCACCACCUCCCAAAGCUCGGAAAUCUGGCUUACUUUCUUCUGAGCCUGGAUCCCAGUAAGGAUCUUGUCCUCUCUCUGCAACUCUGAACACCUCGAACGGCUGAUGCCUGAGAGGAGGCACGGUCCUCAUUCCCCAGGGCCCCUUGCUGACCACCUCUCCUAAAGCUGGAGUCAGCUUCACCAGCUCAAAACUGGUUGCUCGUUGAAAGGCUUCUCUCUGAUGGAUGCCUAAGGCCACAUCACAUGUCCUCCAGUCCAAGAAGAUUCCAGAAUUGGUCACAUCCUGUAUGUUUCUCAAAGGAGAGAUCUUCCUCACCAUGAUUAAAUUCAGCCUCUGGCACAGAGCCAUUGCAGCCUACAAAAGCCUGGAGAUGUUCUUUGUAGUGUUGGAGGAACAACCCCAGGAACCUACAUACAGUCUGGAAGAAUUCCUUGCUUUGCUUGUGAAAAGCUAUGCUUGACAUGUGGUUUUCUUACAGGGACAUGCCAUGUCCCCGAUAACAUUGGAAGAGACCCACAUCAAGUACUUCGGUAUCCAAAAUAAUCCUAUCUUUCCGAUGUCUGCUGUGUCUCCUUUAAGGAAAAGAACAUCUUGGUGAUGAAGAUUGGCUACUUUCGCGUAUGAAUAGCUAUCUUUGUUGAAAAAACAUGGACAGAUUGUGAGGUCUGAGCUCCUGCCCACCCCACCCACACACACCCCCUACAUGUGGGGAGGGAGAGCUGCCCACCCCCUCUGAGGGGUCCCUCACACUCCUGACUAACGGCCCUCAGCCCUUGCUGCAUCCCGUCACUCCUUCCUGCUACAGACUGCCUUGAAGCUCUUUCUUUUGCACAGUUUCUUGCCCUGUUACCUCCUCUGAGCUCAAAUCACUGGACAGAAGGGACUUAGAAGCCCGGAUUCAACAACUUCUCGUCCAGAUCCCAUAUGGAUGGCUCCGCGGCCCCUCUCUGCCACCUGAUUUUACCCUGGAGAAUACAGUGCAAUAUCUCCCGCUGAUUAUUUAUUCCUCGUGAUUGUGGAAUUAAUUUGGUUACAUGUUUAUGGUACUAAUGUCAAUAGUCCUUUCACAAGAAGAAAUGGGGUGGCUUAGCUGAUCAAAUAUUACAUAUACAUAAAUGACCACACAAGGUUAAAGACAUUUUGAGCUAGAAGGGCCUUAAAGGUCAUACAAACCACCCCCUCGUUUUGUAGACAGGGAAACCAAAGCUAAGCAAAAUCUGCCUACAGAUUCUUACUAAUAACCCAGCUUGCUGAUCGAGGCUCUAUCCCCAGAUAACACUUAGAUCGAGAAGACAACUCUGACAAACUCCAUGAUGAAUACCCACCCCUACUUGCAACAACAAUGGGAAUGUCCCAGAUAUUUCUAUACAACUUAGAUGGUUAUGGCAAAGUACAAAACCUUUUGUGGAUCCCCUAGGUCAACAGGUGGGGAAGCUUCCCAGAGUCCCUCCUGCACCUGGGCCCAGUCCCCUCCCCCCCACACACACACCCUGCCUCGAGGUAGAGAGAGGAAAAAGAGAUUUCACCGCCAAGAAUUCAGGUUUGCUUGCCUGCCCCUUUGUGUGCCUGUCUCAACACUACCCCUCUUAGAAGAGACGUACUAAUGCUUCACAGAGUCAGGGAAAUAAAAACCUCUGAGACUUGGCCAGCAUUGCUCAAACAAUUAGUGUGUAUAUUUAAAUGUGGUGAGGAAAAGGCCGUUCUUCACCUCCACUCAGGAGAACCUUCAAGGGGAUAAAAGAGAGAACCUGGAUUUUGGAAAUAAACCAUCUGGUUUCAGACCAUUCCAGCUGUGUCAUCAGUUAACUUGGCAAACUCCUUUAAUUCUUUGAAAUCAGCUGAGCCUUCAUUUCUUCACCUUUUGAAACAGGGAAUAACACCUGUCCCACAGGUGAAGUUCAGAUGAGAUCGACCUGUCUGAAGUAGUAGGUACGACAUGCUCCUUUCCUCUGCUCAGCCUGAGUAAGAUCUGGAAUUCUCUUUGAGCAUUACUGAUAAUUUUCUUCCCCCGAAGUAAUUUGGAAAGUGAGUGCAAGUUAGCUGAGCACAUACAGUCCCUUUGAAAAAGAGGGCAUCUUUUGGAAUCUCUUACAUAAUUAUUUAUAACUAAAGGAGAAGUGCUAAUAAGAACUGGAAAGAAAAAAAAUAACUGGAAAGGAUUUUGGUGGAAAGAACAAAGAGAAGGAACAGAGAGGUUAUUCAGGGCUUCUGUGGGGCCUGGAGCAGUUUCUAAGAAGUUGCAUCUCAGACUGGCUAGUGGGGGUGUGUAGGCCUCACUCACCCUAUUUUUCAGGCUGCCCAUAAAAUAGAAAGAUGUAAACUGGUCACAAAAAAAUACCAGACUUCAAAUAUGUCCUUUCAGAGCAGUGCAAGUGAGGGCUGUGGUGUGAUCUUUGAACAGGGGCUGGGGUAGUCUGCUAUACCAGUGCCCAGAUACUCUUCCCUUUCUUAAUAGAAUAUAUUUUUCCCAUGUGUCUCCCCUUCCACAUUAAUGCAAAUACUAGGUCUCUCCUUCCUGAAUAGAAUUCUAGGUAAUGUCAUGGAUAACAGAUUACAGGGAACGUGGGAAGCCACUGGUCAGAAAGAGUCCUGUUAGACAAAAGAUAAUCAGUCUGUCCUGAAGUCAAAGAGGAAGACUGCAAAGAAAUGCUUUCUGAUUACCUUGCACCUAGGAGAGAUGAGGGGCCGGGAAUAAAAGAGGACAGAACUGGUCUUCAUUUUCUCUGAUAAGAACUCUGGAGCAUUAAAGGAUGUUGAAAAUAGCUCCCAAACCAUCACAACCUUUGUGGAUAUUAGUUAAUGGGAUUUUUCUAAUCCCUUAUUUUCUCUCUGUUCCAGUGAUUUGUCUUUGAGAUUUUUUUUUUCAAGAAUCGUUUCAUUCAACAUUAAUUAAGCUCUUACUGAAUGCCAGACACCUUAUGAGACCCUGGGGAUGUGGCAGUUCAUUGUGUUCAAUGGGAACAGCGUGAUGUGCAGAGUCUGUGCUGUGGUAUUGGCAAGAGAGUGGGAUUAGGGAAAAGUGAAACCCUCAAUGAGGCUGCUUGGGCCAUGGGCCUCCCCUCUUGUACCUUAUUCACAUCUUGAUUCCAGAAUCGCAGUCAUCUCCCAUCAGGGAGACCCAUGAAAAAUGCUGUCACCCUGCAGAUCCCUAAGAGAUGAGGGGGGAUUUGAGAUAACCAUCCACCUUUGUUAACUUUCUCCAAGCUGUGAGAGUCCUUCCCCUCUACUGGCCCCCAGAUCAUGGGGUGAUUUCUUCCUUUAAAAUUGAGAUGAGUCCUAUACAUACAUAUGCUCAACUGCACAAAUCUUAGGGCUACAAAUGGAUGAAGCUUUACAUAAGCAUGCACCAUGUCACCACCUUUCCGAUCCAGACCUAGACUACUUCCAGAACCCCAGAAGAUCCCUCUCAUGUCCAUGCCAUCCUUCUGCAAAAGGCAUUUAGGAGGCUGUUCAUAGCUGUACCUGCCCUCCUGCCCCUGCUCGGCAUAAUGAAAAAAGGGGGGAAAAUCCCACCAUCAACACAGAACAGGACAGUAAAGACCAUGUACCUUUUGGCAAGACCAAUACCUUUAGUCAGCCUCUGGGCCUCAAUAUCCUCAGGUAAAACAUAUCUGAGGCUGCGUGGUUUUUAGAAUCCCUUCAGCCUAGGCUUGCUUUGAUUCUGAGUAAGAAAGAGAAUCAGAAGGCAACUUAAGUUUCUGUACAAUGGCUUUUAGGUCCAUGUGCCAUUAACCAGGUGGGAUUUUAAAAUUAGUUGGAAAAGAUAAGUUCCUCUUUGGGUGGGUUGAGUGUGGAACCACCAGUUCUCACCUACAAAAAAGGAAAAAGGUAGUUCUUUUAAGGUGAUGAUUUCAGGCUGUUUCUUAUAAUCCAGCCAAAGCUGGUCUCCCACCUAUGCUGCCUAAACUCGUCUAUUAGUCAAAUUUUGUAAGUUGUUCAUCUAGACUUUGUCAAGGGCUCUGUUGCCUGGAGUUUGUAAACUAGUUGGGUUUCAAACAUGAACUCUUAGGAAGAUGUGCAUUGAAGUAGAAAAAUUUUGUUCAGAUUUGCUGUUAUUUAUUUUUUAAAUUAAAAAUGGAAAUGUAUUUUGAA